CAGCCAAUCAGGACAGAGGAUGCUGCAGGGCCUCUCAGGUGAAACGGUUACUGUUUAUGUCUCAUCUCAGAAAUUUAAAAAAAAAUAGAUAUUGUCAACAUUCGGCGCUUAAGCUUCCCUGAAGAUAUAUCAAGAACAAAGCGGGAGAGUGUGAACGUGUGACCCUGCCAACGCGAGCUCCCCACACACGGGCCCUGACAUCAGAGACGGGUCUUGUGAUGGUUUCCACGUCCAGCUGUUUGUGUUUGACAGUUGAACCAUACGCGACUGCUCAUUACACACCUGCUCUCAUUAUCCCUCUCCUGUUUUUUUUUUCCUCCCUGUCUUUUCCCAUUGUGUGUAUGCGUGCGUGUGUGCGCGCCUGUGUGUGUGCGCCCAUUCCUUGUGUGGAUUUGUGUUGUCAUGCAGUGAGGAUUAACCUAGUACUUCAUCUGAUGCUGAUUGGAAUGACGUUCGACACUCGCACAGGCUGGCUUUUAACAAGACGGAGAGACGAGGCCCCGUGUGCGUGCGUGCGCGCGCGCGCGCGCGCGUGCGUGCGUGCGUGCGUGCGUGUAUGUGUGCGCGCGAGUGUACAUAGAAAGAGGACACUGUGAUUAACGGCAUUUUAAUGACGAGACCUGUGAUGUAUGUCUGUAUCCAGGCUAUCCUUUUUUUAUAUCUUCUCUCACCCAACUCUCUCACACACACACACACACACACACACACACACACACACACACCAUGAAGGCUACAAUUAUACACAGACUGUACUACUGUAUUUGGCCCGGUGCCCUUUUGGCCCGAGUCAGUUGCAGAUGCAGGUAAAUGGGUUAGUUAGACUAGGUCACAGACAGGCUGGAACUUAAAUAAUCUUAUUAUUAUGUUGUUGUUUUUCUUAUUAGCUAACGUUUGUGUGUGUUCCUUUUUUCCCCAAUCUUAUAAAUAUGCAUCCAGGAGUCUUGGAUUAAGGGCAAGGAUCUUUUUCUGAAGCUUAGCGUGUGUGUGUGUGUGUGUGUGUGUGUGUGUGUGUGUGUGUGUGUGUGUGUGUGUGUGUGUGUGUGUGUGUGUGUGUGUGUGUGUGUGUGUGUGUGUGUGUGUGUGUGUGUGUGUGUGUGUGUGUGUGUGUGUGUGUGUGUGUGAGAGUGUGAGAGUGUGAGAGUGUGAGAGAAUGUGUGUGUGUGUUUGUGUCUUAAGCCCGGGCAGAGCAGAGUACCUUCACCGACCAGUGUUCUCACCGACUGUCUGUGUGGGACUGAUGGUCAAAUACGGACUCUGAUCAACAGACCAAAACCAUUAAGAGAGUCGGGCAGUUUCCUCCAUGACAAGAAAAGGAAUGAGUUUUCUCUCUAAGCCCGGGCAUGUGUGAUUUAUGUGAACGGGUUUAGUCUGUUGCCCUAACGGCAGAGCGUUGGACCACCGGACUACCAGACGCUCGCUCGGACCGACCGACGCAGCCUGCGCUGCUAAAAAUACCAAGUGGAGUCGCCCUCUGCUGCUGAUUCCAGAGAUGACAGGCUUCAGCCACCUCCACAUUGGCCUUAUUUCCUGGACCUGGUUGUCCCGUCACCGGGUGUCACCGGGGACGAGUCGUUUUUCCGGAGAAGAUCUGAGAUUCCUCUAACUUUUCUUGUGGCCACAUCCUGUUCAAACUCAUAUUUCUUUCUUGUGCACCCUUCCUCUCUCUGUCCCGAGCUGCCUGCUCUUAUUCCCUCUUACUCAACACACACACACUUCUCUCUCCUCUCCCGCACGCACACACACACACGCACACACACACACACGCACACACACACACACACACUCACCUCCCCUUGUUCUGGCCCCAUCUUCUCCUCUUAGCUCCUCUCUCCUCUUCCCUCUCUUCUCAACCUGUCCCAAGCAGGACAAUCCCUUGUUUUCUUCCCCCCUCUUACACACCGUCACUGCAUUGACUCCCUCGCUCUCCCCAACACGUCUGUUCCCCUGAUGGGCACCAUAUCAGACAGCAGUGCCACAUUCCCUUCGUCGCCGCUGAGAGCCUCUCUCCACCCCUAACCGCCUUUUCGCUCCCAAAAAACCGAACCUCAGCGCGACGCAAUGGAGACAAAAGAUAUGAUGAUGACGAGCAUGUUGAUAAUGGACAAGGGGGAGAACGAGGGAGAGGGGCACAAGGGGAGAGAGGAGGUGGGGGGAGGAGAGGAGGGGACGCAGCAGGAAAACGGCAAACCGAUGCCGUCCAACGGCUUCACUACCUCCACGCCUCAGAGCCCCAGGGAGGGACCCGGGACGGCAGCGACCCCCGGGGGCACGGCCUCCGGGCCCGGAGGCGAUGGCGCCGGGUCCACCGCGCCGCCGGGCGGCCUCAGGACUCUGGUGGUGCAACAAACCAGCCUGGAGAGGCCCAGAGAAACCUGGAGCAAGAAGAUGGACUUCUUGCUGUCCGUGAUCGGCUACGCCGUGGACCUGGGAAACGUCUGGCGCUUCCCCUACAUCUGCUACCAGAACGGAGGAGGUGCCUUCCUGCUGCCCUACCUGUUGAUGGCGGUGUUCGGCGGUGUCCCUCUCUUCUACAUGGAGCUGGCCCUCGGCCAGUUCCACCGCAGCGGCUGCAUCUCCAUCUGGAAACACGUCUGCCCCAUCUUCAAAGGGAUCGGCUUCGCCAUCUGCAUCAUCGCCCUCUACAUCGCCUUCUACUACAACACCAUCAUGGCCUGGGCCUUGUACUACCUGCUGUCCUCGUUGCGGCCCACGCUGCCCUGGACCACCUGCACCAACAGCUGGAACACGGCCAACUGCAACAGCUACAUGUCCACCGACCACAACGUGUCCUGGUCCAACUCCUCCACCUCGCCGGCCGAGGAGUUCUAUACUCGCCAUGUGCUGCAGGUCCACCUCUCCCCAGGCCUCCAUCAGCUGGGCUCCGUCAGCUGGCAACUGGCCCUCUGCCUGCUCUUCAUCUUCACCAUCGUCUACUUCAGCAUCUGGAAAGGAGUCAAGACGUCUGGGAAGGUAGUUUGGGUGACGGCGACUUUCCCCUACCUGGUCCUGCUGAUCUUACUCGUCCGAGGGGCCACUCUGCCCGGCGCCUGGAGGGGCGUCGUCUUCUAUCUCAAACCCGAUUGGGAAAAACUGCUCAGCACCACAGUGUGGAUCGAUGCAGCAGCUCAGAUCUUCUUCUCUCUGGGGCCAGGGUUCGGCGUUCUCCUCGCCUUCGCCAGCUACAACCCGUUUCACAACAACUGCUACAAAGACGCGUUGAUCACCAGCUCUGUGAACUGUCUGACCAGCUUCUUGUCUGGCUUCGUCAUCUUCACCGUGCUGGGAUACAUGGCUGAGAUGAGGCAGCAGGAUGUGAGCGCCGUGGCCAAGGACGCCGGUCCCAGUCUGCUGUUCAUCAUCUACGCGGAGGCCAUAGCGAACAUGCCCGCCGCCACUUUCUUCGCCAUUAUCUUUUUCCUCAUGAUCAUCAUGUUGGGCCUGGACAGCACGUUCGCGGGGCUGGAGGGAGUGAUCACCGCGAUGCUGGACGAGUUCCCGCACAUCCUGGCCAAGAGGCGCGAGUGGUUCGUCUUCGGCCUGGUGUGCGUCUGCUACCUCGGGGCUCUGUCCACGCUCACAUAUGGAGGAGCGUUUGUGGUGAAGCUGUUUGAGGAGUACGCCACCGGCCCGGCGGUCAUCACCGUGGUGCUGCUGGAGGUCAUCGCCGUCUCCUGGUUCUACGGCACCACCCGUUUCUGUAACGACGUCCACCUCAUGCUGGGUUUCUACCCGGGCUGCUUCUGGAGGGUCUGCUGGGUGGCCAUCUGCCCCUGCUUCCUGCUGUUCAUCAUCAUCAGUUUCCUGGCCUUCCCUCCAGAGGUCAGGUUGUUCCACUACCACUACCCACAGUGGACCACGGUCCUGGGCUACUGCAUCGGCGUCUCCUCCUUCAUCUGUGUGCCUGCGUACAUGGUUUACCACCUGCUCACUGCCAAGGGAACAUUCAAACAGCGUCUGUUGAAAAGCAUCACUCCGGAGCCGAGCAGCGACGGCCACAGAGACUUGAUCGUCACCAACGCCGUCUGACCAAAAACCGAAGGUGCCGCCGUAAUCAGCCGAGAGUGCCCUCUACUGGACAAACUGCAAACCUACAGGACCACGGGGCUACUGUACUUUUCACCGUCUUUGCCUCUUCUUCGUCAUUCGUCUCCUUUUUACUCGGCCCGUCCUUUUUUGUCACACUCACAUCGUGACGUUAGAGGUGGAGUCGGGCUGCAGCCGCUUCGCUUAGCUUGGCUUUGUUCCUUUAGUUCCUCCACUCAAAAGUCAGUUAGUGACCACACUUUUCUUCAGGUAACAAGUGUAACGGGACAUUUUGUACAGUUAUACAAACAUUGACAUCACCUGUGUUUCGUGUAAGACAAAAUGAAAAGUCUCUCUUAACCUGGAGAAUCUGCACAUAAGUUCGUCGUGUUUUUCAUAUUUACGCUGUUACGUUAUGCGUUCUGAUAUGUAGCAAAAUUCAGGUAUCUUUUUACAUCUGUUACUGAAGCCAAAUAUAUGAUAUGAUCUGCUUUGUUCUUCUUUUUUUUCAAAGACGUUCCGAUGCCGCAGUUGUCGUUAUCUUGUGUUUUGGCACUCAGCCUGUGUCGGUCUGACAGAGUUUGCAAUGAGUUUCCUACACUGUGAAGCACCGUGUGUGUGUGUGUGUGUGUGUGUGUGUGUGUGUGUGUGUGUGUGUGUGUGUGUGUGUGUGUGUGUGUGUGUGUGUGUGUGUGUGUGUGUGUGUGUGUGUGUGUGUGUGUGUGUGUGUGUGUGUGUGUGUGUGUGCGUAAGACUGUUAGUCCAGCGGGAGAAAAAACGGUUGACAGACAGGACCGACCGUGUGUAUUCAUUCUAUAACUGCAAUAUAAGACGUGUAAUUAUUUCUCAAUAUAUCCUUGUCGUCAUUUUGACUUUUUCCUCACACUCACGCGACCGUUACGUGACAUCACGCCGACGGUCCUCGCUUUGAUCUCGGCGACCUCCUCCGUGAGCGGUAGACACCAAAUAUGGAUCAGAGCUAAUAACAUUAUCGUCAAACAUUAUCACAGUCUGAAAAAAUCCAGCGUCACUGCUCUUUACUUUCUACCAAAAAAGGUGUGUGUUUGUGUGUGUGUGUGUGUGUGCGUGCACGUGUGUCUGUGUGUAUGUGAGUGUGUAACUGUGUGUGUGUGUGUGUGUGUGUGUGUGUAGGAGCAGGAGUUAAAUUAUGGCGAGUACUGUACAUCUACAUGCGUAUUUACUAGUCAGUCUGGUAUUGGUGUAAUCUAUCCUGUGAAUACCUGUCUCCUCCCUGUGUGUGUGUGUGUGUGUGUGUGUGUGUGUGUGUGUGUGUGUGUGUGUGUGUGUGUGUGUGUGUGUGUGUGUGUGUGUGUGUGUGUGCACGCGCUCGUGCGUGCGUGCGUGUAAAAAGGAUUAGAGGUGUUCAGCCCCUUUAUAUGUGUGCAUGUUGAGGUGUGUGUGUGUGUGUGUGUGUGUAUACUAUACUUCAGUGUGUGUGCGUGUGUGUGUAAUGUGAACUCCUGUUGUCUUGUUAACAGCCAAAAUAUCUUAUGAAGGAAGUAAACUCACUCUUGCCUCUCUCUCUCUCUCUCUCUCUCCCUCUCUCUCUCUCUUCUCUCUCCCUCCCUCUCUCUCUCUCUCUCUCUCUCUCCCUCUCUCUCUCUCUUCUCUCUCCCUCCCUCUCUCUCUC